GUCCCUGCCCGCCCGCAGCGCCGCGGGCACGCACCGGCGGGGAGCCGAGCCCUCGCCGUAGCCGACGCCGUGAGGGAGAGGCGACCUUCGGGGGAGCAAGAUGAGCGAGUGGGAAAGGGUGUUUCUGCAGAACCUCGCCCUUCCUCCGCACUGCCGGCGGAGACGGACUCGCCGGCCGGGCUCCACGGCUUUCCGCUGCGUCCUGAAGUACCUGGAAGGGGCUGCCCUCGCCCAGGGAGCCGAGUACCACCUGCGCCUCUCCCUUUUCGACGCCACUUACCACCACUUCUUCGGGAGGACGUGGAGGAGCCGCCGGCGAGCUGCCCGCGCCGCCCCGCCGCGCCCGGCCAGGGCGGCUUUCAACGAGACCAUUUACUUCCAUACUUCAUUGAACCACCCCGGCAUCGCCGCCGUCGUGGAAGUGGUGGCGACGGCCGGGAAAGGGGAUGAGGGCUCUCGGCAUCUCUCCUGCGGCUUUGGACUCAUCCCCCUCUUCGGCAGCGGGUCGGAGGCGACGGAGCCGGCCGCCGAGGACAGAGCGCUGAAGCUGUACCACGGGACGCCGCGCGCCUUACUGCACCCGCGCUUCCAGGACCCCGUGGAAAAGAACAAAUACCUGACGGUGAUGGAGAAGAGCCACCUGCAAUACGCCCUGAAGCCCCACCAGCCUCUGGAGACGAUAUUUCACCUCCUUCCUGAAAACCUUCUGAUGUCUGGGCUGCAGACCGUUCCCGGCUUGCUGCCGGCACGCGGGGAUGCGAGUGACUGCUUGCAGAAACCCCGGCUGAUGAAGCCGGUCACCUGCUAUCUGGAGAGGCUCUCCGUCCGGCUGUACCCUUCCUUGGAGGAAUUUGAGGAAGAACUGCUGGACUUACUGAACGGCGAUCGCUUACUUCAGGCUAACGCCAUGCCGGAUGGCGACGGGAUGGCGGUUCGGGAGCGGCGGCUGCACAUCGGCGUCCACAACGGCCUGCGCUUCAUCCAAGCGCCGCAGGUGGCCGUGCUGGUGCCAGAGGCGGAGGUGGCACGAGGCGGCUGCCCGGGGGUGCCCAGCUCCGGAGCCGGGGGUGCAGGUCAAGCCCUGGUCCUGAGGAGCCGCAUCCACCUGAACGAAAUGGUCCCUCACCCGGCGUUCGGGAUCUGCUUCCAGCUGGAGUACGUCUUCUGCAGCUCGGGGAGAGCCGGCGGGAAGGCCCUGCCCGGCGGUGAGGCGGCCAACAUGCGCUCGGUGCGCUGGGCCGUCUGGAGCCCCGUCCUGGGCACCGGCGAGGCGGAGGUGGUCCUGCCCCUGCGCGGCGGCGCCCGCCGCGGCCCCUGCCAAACCUUGGUCUACCAGACCCCGCCGAGCGGCAGGAGCUCCCGCCGGGGGAAGCACGUGGAGUCUGGGACUGUCCAAUUCCAUGUUUCCACUGAUUCGGAAGAACAUCUUGUAACUGCUGCGGAGAUCCUACGUAAAGACAGGGACGAGUCGGAGAAGCCUCCUACGCCAUCGCUGAGUCCGCCGGCCCCGCUGCGGAUGGCGGCCUCCCCACGGGGACCGGGGCUAUCGGUGUCCCAGCUGUCGGCCCCGCCGCGGGGCAGGGACCGGUCCCCGACACCGCGCCGCCGCGGCUCUCGGCAGGAAGGAGGGAUCACUCACCUGGAGGCCGACCUCGGCUCACCGGACCCGGAGCCCUGCGCCGGUGACCAGCUGCGGGCGCUGCCCUUCGCCCCGCUGCAGGUGCCCAUCGCCGCCGUGGGGCUGCAGGCGGGCAGUUCCCGCACGCUGCUCUCCCGUGCCUCCCUGGCUCGCCUGCACGCCGCCGGCUUCCCGGAGAUCCUGGACCGCAACGGGCAGCCGGUGGAAAUCUCGGAGCCGGCGGACCCGGGGAGUUUCAGCCCGCGGCUGGAGGAAGCCGACCCUCUGCAAGGCAACGAAAUAAUCCUGCAGUUCCUGGCUUUUGGCAGGGAUGCCCGGGACGGCGCGGAGGGAACGUGGCCGAGGACCGUCUUCCUCACCUUCCAGUUCUACCGUUUCCCGCCAGUCACCACGCCGCGGCUGCAGCUGGUCAGCACAGACGGGGGGCUGGCGGCUGGGCCGGCUGUGCCGGCGCAGCUCCUUGUCCGGGUGAACAAGGACGGGACCCUCGGCACCGGACCGCCGGGCUUGCAGCUGAAGUACAUGGUGGAUCCCGCUUUCCUGCGGCCCGGGGAGCAGCGCUGGUUUGUGCGGUACCUGGCCGAGCACAGCCUCCAGAUUGACGUCUGGGAUGGCGACUCCCUGCUCCUUGUUGGGUCCGCUGCCGUUAAACUGGAGCCCCUGCUGCGCCAGGGCCGGGCGGCCGUCAGGACCCACCACGAGCUGGAGGUGGCCACGACCGAGUACGAGCCGGACGCGACGGUGAUGGGCCGGGAGGCGCUGCGGCACGGCGCCCUGCGGCCCCUCGGCGUCCGUGUGGCGGUGAGGGGCCGCCUCCACUUCUGCCUGGCCAACGUCGGCCACCCGUCCGAGGAGACGCCGGGGCAGCCGCCAUCCCCACUGCCGUCCCGCUCCCGCAUCGUGCCCACGCCGGACAGCGCCGGCAGCUGGUUCUCCCUGAACGCCGCCGGCGGCAGGCGGGUGUCGCGGGCACGGAGGCUGGUGGAGGUGGACGGCGAGCUGGCGGCCGCGCUGCGCAGCCGCCGGCCGGAGGGCUGGCAGGAGCAGCGCGCCCGGCACGUGCGGGACCUGCAGAUCAUCGACGCCUACCGGGAGCACAUCAAGGGCGAGAGCAUCUCCCAGAUGCUCAGCCAGGCCAUCACCGCCACCCGCACCGUGCACGCCGUGCUGGGGACGGCCGAGUUCUUCGAGUUCGCCCUGAAGAAUCCCUACGGCGUCCAGCACACCGUGACCAUCGAGGUCGACCACCCUGAGCUCAGUGUCAUACUGGACCCGAGGGAGUGGCGCCACUUCAAGGAGCUGACCAAGAGCGUUACGCCGGUGGAGGAGGAGAUGUUCCACCUCCGCGACGACCUCAAGCCUCAGGUCUACCUGCGCCCCAACGAGACCGUCCGCAUCCCCUUCAAAUACCAGACCUUCUCCGCAGACCCCGCGGUCGUCGCGGCGCAGGGGCCGGCAGGGCUGGGCGCCGACGCGGCCGCCCGCUCCCUGGGGAAGAGCGGGGCCGGGCGGACAAAGCACAUCGAGGUCUCCUUCCAGGUGAGCGGGGGGAAGCCCAUCGCGCUCCUGCGGGUGAAGGUGGAGCCGCAGCCCCACGUGGUGGACCAGACCUUCCGCUUCUACCACCCGGAGCUCACCUUCCUGAAGAAGACUAUUCGGCUGCCCCCCUGGCACACCCUCCCCGGCGCGCCGGUGGGGAUGCCGGGGGGGGAGCCCGAGAUGUUUGUUCGCUGCAGCGACCCUGACGUCAUUUGCGAAACCAAAAACAUGGGGCCCGGGGAGCCGCAGGACAUCUUCUUAAAGGUAGCCGGAGGACCAAGCCCGCAGAUCAAAAAGUUCUUCGUUGCUAUUUAUACGGACGCCUGGCUGGCGGCGCCCGUCCAGAUCUGGCAGUUCUACCUGCACUCGCUGCAGCGCCUGGACGUCAGCUGCACGGCCGGGCAGCUCGCCCGCCUCUCCCUGCUGCUGCGGGGCACCCCGGCCCCGCGGAGGGUGCGGGCGUUCACCUCCCACCCCCAGGAGCUGGAGGUGGAUCCAGACGGCGCCUUCCUCCUCCCCGCCAACGGCAUCCAGGACCUGUACGUCGGCGUGAGGCCUCGGCGGGCUGGCAGCAGGUUCAUCUACCUCAACCUGGUGGACGUGGAGUCCCAGCAGCUGGUGUCCUCCUGGCUGCUCUGCCUGUCCUGCAGGCAGCCCCUCAUCUCCAAGGCGUUCGAGAUCUCGCUCCCGGCGGGAGGCGGGAGAGGCUGCAACAAGCGCAUCACCUACACCAACCCCUACCCCUCGCCCAGGCUCUACUUCUUGCGCACCAACCGGCCCGACCUCCUGCAGUUCAAGGAGGACUCCUUCGAGGUCGCCGGCGGGGAGGUGUACACCAUCGGCUUGCGCUUCGCCCCGAGCCAGGCCGCGGGCGAGGAGGAGAUCCUGAUUCACAUCAACGACCACGAGGACAAGAACGAGGAAACCUUCUGCGUGAAGGUCCUCUACCACUGAGGCUGCCCGCCCGCCGCGGCAAAGCGGCCGGUCUCUGCGCCGGCCGCCCCGGCGCCUCCGCAGCGCCAUCUCGGGGACGCCCAUGUCCUUCCGACGGAGGGGGUUGUGAGCCCAGUCCCCUUGGAGUCACCUCACCAAGCCAGGAGGUCUUGCCGUCUCCUGGGGUUCCUGGGCAUUGCCAUGAGCACCAGCAGUGCCACGUGGCUUCAGCUGCACAAAUUGGGGAGAGCGAAUGUGUUUGUUACCGCGACUGCAGGAUGUCUUUAUCUUUCUUAAGCGUUACCAUAUUUUAGGCAAUGAUUUUUAACUUAAAAAGUUUGCAGAUCUGAUUCUGUGGUAUAUUUUUAAAAUAUUUUAUAUUCUACAGUGAGUUUUGUACACACUGAAGCAGUUUUCUGGGAUUUUCGAUGCUUUUUACUCAUCCUUGAUCAAUUAAACUUGCU